GCUGGGGCCGUGGCGCUAGUGCUGAAUCUGGGCGCACUGUGGCUGACCUCGCUGCCGAGUUGGGCGCAGGACUUUUUGCCUGUAUAAACGCAGCGGCGGCGACGCUGCAAGUCCUGGUGCAGUCUCAAGUCUUGGUGCAGCCAGGGCGGUCGGAUUUCGCCGCCGCUGCCGCCGCCACCGAACAGUCCUGAAGCUUCUGCCCGCUCUGGGAGAGCGACACUGAGUUUCUCCCGCAGAAAGAGCCGGGACACGCGGACCGAGGCGGCGCGGGAGGCUUCUGGCGGCCUGACCGCUGACCCGCACCCGCAGGCGCUGCAGGGCCGGAGGCAGUGGGCCCACGCGGCUCGGGCUUCUGAACCGUAGGUGGAAGAGGGACUGACGUCCCGGCAGAGCGGACAAGAGGUAGCCAAGUGAAAGGUAAUUUUGGACACUCUGAGCAUGGAUUUGCUGGGUGUUUGUGGUGACUUCAGCCCCUGAAUCCUGCACCUUCCAUUCUUCUGUGCUUCUAAGAUACCUUGGGCUUCCUCCCUGGCCACGAGUUCCUCAGGGUGAGGCCCUCCUGGACCCCUGAUCCUGGCCAACCAUGGGGAGCACCCUGGGCUGCCACCGCUCCAUCCCCAGGGACCCCUCAGACCUGUCCCAUAGUCGCAAGUUCAGCGCAGCCUGUAACUUCAGCAAUAUCCUGGUGAAUCAGGAGCGCCUCAACAUCAACACCGCCACGGAAGAGGAGCUGAUGACCCUGCCGGGGGUGACCCGUGCUGUGGCCCGCAGCAUUGUGGAGUACCGAGAGUACAUAGGUGGCUUCAAAAAGGUGGAAGACCUGGCUCUGGUAAGCGGAGUGGGCGCCACGAAGCUUGAGCAGGUCAAGUUUGAGAUCUGCGUGAGCAGCAAAGGCAGCUCUGCACAGCAUUCCCCCAGCUCCCUGCGGAGAGACCUGCUGGCAGAGCAGCAGCCUCACCACCUGGCCUCCGCGGUGCCCCUCACCCCACGUGUCAACAUCAACACGGCCACUCCGGCUCAGCUCAUGAGUGUGCGAGGCCUCUCGGAGAAGAUGGCCCUUAGCAUCGUGGACUUCCGCCGCGAGCACGGGCCCUUUCGCAGUGUGGAGGACCUGGUGAGGAUGGAUGGGAUCAGUGCCGCCUUUGUGGACAGAAUACGGCACCAGGUGUUUGCGGAGAAGUCCAGGCCCCCAUCGACCCACACUAACGGGGGCCUAACCUUCACUGCCAAGCCUCAUCCCAGCCCCACCUCACUGAGCCUCCAGAGUGAGGACCUGGACCUGCCCCCCGGAGGGCCCACACAGAUUAUCUCCACUCGGCCUUCAGUGGAGGCCUUUGGAGGCACGCGGGAUGGGCGGCCUGUGCUGAGGCUGGCCACCUGGAACUUGCAGGGAUGCUCGGUGGAGAAGGCCAACAACCCUGGGGUGCGAGAGGUGGUGUGCAUGACCCUCCUGGAAAACAGCAUCAAGCUUCUAGCUGUGCAAGAACUACUCGACAGAGAGGCCUUGGAAAAGUUCUGUACCGAGCUCAACCAGCCCAUCCUGCCCAACAUCCGCAAGUGGAAGGGGCCCCGGGGAUACUGGAAGGCCGCUGUUGCUGAGAAGCCUUCAAGUCAGCUCCAGAAGAGGGCUGGGUACUCAGGAUUCCUCUGGGACAUGGCUGCUGGUGUGGAACUGAGAGAUGCCACCUCGCAGGAGAGCUCACCCAGCAAUGGGCAUGGGAGACCUGUGGGCCCCAGCCCGUACCUCGCAAGGUUCAAGGUGGGAAGCAAUGACUUGACCCUUGUGAACCUUCACCUGGCAGCCCUGACCCUGCCAGGGGCUGAGAAUCCAUGCAGGAACCACAGUGACAGCCACCGGGUGGCGAGCUUCGUGCAGACCCUACAGGAAACCCUGAAAGGAGAAAAAGAUGUGAUUAUUUUAGGGGAUUUUGGCCAAGGCCCAGAUAGCAGUGACUGUGACGUGCUGAGGAAAGAAAAAUUCCACCACCUGAUCCCUCCGCACACCUUCACCAACAUCAGCACCAAGAAUCCUCAGGGCUCAAAGUCUCUGGACAACAUCUGGAUCAGUAAAAGCUUAAAGAAGGUUUUCACCGGUCACUGGGCUGUAGUGAGAGAAGGUCUCACGAACCCUUGGAUUCCAGAUAACUGGUCUUGGGGUGGAGUGGCUUCUGAACAUUGUCCUGUGCUGGCUGAGUUUUACACUGAGAAGGACUGGAGCAAGAAGGAAGCCCCCCGGAAUGGCAACGGGGUCGCCUUGGAGCGGAGUGAAGCCAACAUCAAGCAUGAGCGAUGAUGACACCAAAUCACUUUUUCUACCCCUUGACCCAGGAGGCACAGACAGGAGCUAACCCUUCCGGGGACUGAACUUUUAAUCUUUAUUCUGAGAGCAUCAGCAUGCAGGCCUUGGCCCAUGGCCUUCUCUGUGGAUGGUUCAGGGCCUGUGAUGGGGGUAGGGGUGUGCUGGGCCUCACCACACCACCCAGUGAAAUCAGAAGCCCAGCACAGAACAGAAAUGCCUUUUACUCUGUGGGUGCCGCUGGCCUCAGCAGGAUUGAGCCAGCUGUGCGCUGCUGGCUGGAUGGCAGCACCAGGAGAACAGUACCCGAGGUGAGAAGGAAGGAGAGCGUGGCUCGGGCUGCCCGCCCUGGCUGAGCAAAGCCAGAGUGCUCAUUUCUGACCACCAGGAUGUGACCUUCUGGCUGCCCAUUACAGAAAGCUUUUAACUGUGAUUGAGCACUCUUCUCAAAUAUUUUGAAUGGUGAUUUUUAGUUUUGUUUUGAAAAAAUAAAGAGAAAUUAACCUGCC